AUGGCAACAGCAAAGUUAGCUGGCCUGAAGUCAAAGAUGACUAUACCGAAACUGGAACUGAAUGCGUUGAGACUGGCAACAAGGAUUCGCGUGCUUGAGAUACGUAGCAUUAUCGACCAUCUCAAAGAACGAGGAUAUGGGGUACAACUUGGACACAUUGCCUCUCAGGAGAAUCCGGCAGAUUGCGCCAUCAGAGGCGUAGACAAAUCACAGUUCCAUGACCAUUUAUGGUGGAAGGGGCCUCAAUUUCUAGCACAGCCCGUGGAGGACUGGGAGAGUGGAAUAGAGACAAAAUUGGCGUGCAAAGCCUCGGUGAAGCAACACCAACUAGCGUGGAUAAGCUCGACGACAUUAACAGCACUUCCUCCUCUCAAUCCUUAUACGGAUCACCAAAGAAUUCUUCGCUGUAAAGGACGUCUAGGAAGAAGCACUCUGGAGGAGCAAACCAAGUUCCCAAUGUUGGUUUUGCAGAGGAAAUGGUUAUCUAGGCUGAUUAUCACAGAUUGCCAUCGUGAGAUUCAUGCCAGCAUAAGUCAUACUAUGUGUCGCGUACGAGAACGAUACUGGAUUCCAAAACUACGAGCUGAAGCGACGAGCACCAUACGACGUUGCACAGAAUGUCAGAAGAUGAGUAACUUGCCGUAUAAGUAUCCGCAACAGGGACAUUUACCAGCGCGUAGGGUGACAAAGUCACGACCAUUCGAACAUGUACGAUUGGACUAUUUCGGGCCAAUCACCGUAAAAAGCGAUGGAGGAGCCACCAAAUGCUACGGAUGUAUCAUCACUUGUAUGGUGGCGAGAUGUUACGCCGGUUUUUUUGCAAGGAGAGGUGCACCACAGAACAUUACGAGCGACAAUGUUCCCACGUUUGCGUUAGGCGACGUGGUUCUAUCAGAAUGCUUCGAAACAGCAAGGAAUCACCCGGGUGUAGCUAAGGAAAUAAGCUGUCGUCAGAUUCGACUGAUCUACAAUACUGCUUCUGCACCAUGGCAAGGAGGUGUAUAUGAACACUUAAUCAGGUCGGUCAAGCUGGCAAUGUACAAGUCGCUAGGGAAAGCAACCCCUUCAAGAGAAGAGUUGGGAACUCUUAUCGAAAUCGAAGGCACGCUGAAUACAUGA